AGGGGACGAUAACGUCAUAGCGCGGAGAGGAUCCAGUUGUUGGGCGGCCAUCUGGACGGUCGUCGGCGGCCGACGCGACCUCGGCGAGGCGCGCAGCGCCCCAGCGCGGCCGCUCGUUCACGAGAAAGCGGCGUUGGGAAGAAGGCGUGUCCCCGUUGGCGAAGCGUGCAUCCAGCCAGACCCGCGAGGAAAGUUUGCGCCGAGGUCGAGCGCGGGAAGACUGACUGCGACGGGCCGCCCGGAGUACGAGCCAUGGCGUACGACACCGACUCGCUCCGACGGCUUGUCGGCAGCGGUUCACGUGGCUGGAGCGGCGGCGCUCGGUCGGCAACGCCGGGGAGCGGGAAAAACGUAACCGGAUCACGUCGUCAGCCUCGGCUGCUUCAUUUCGGAUCCAGGUUGCCGCGUGCAAACGUUAGCGCAUGUUUCCUGUUCCUGUGCCUCGUCGGUGCGGUCUCAUCACUCGAGAACGGCACCUCGCCGUCGGUGGUGCCCAACCUGUGCAACCUGGCUCAAGAGGAGCCCAUGUACUGUCGCUGCUCUUCCGAACACUUCGAGGCGGACACCACGGGCGUAGUGUGCUACGUGGGGAAACCGCUUACCGGAAGCCACGCCGUUUUCCAGGCGCUGCGGCGCCAGGGUGCGCUAGCCUCCGUCACCUUCACCGUGUACGGGGAGGACUAUCGGCUCGACUUCGUCCCCAGUGACGCGCUUCGCCGGUUGAGCCGACUGGAAAAACUGCGUUUCACGGACUGCAACCUGGGCGUGCUUCCAACGAAGGCCUUCUACAAACUGUCCGCGCUCACACUGCUGCAGCUGGAAGGCAACGACAUCAUCGACCUGCAGCCGGACGCUAUAGCGCACCUGCCUAGGCUCGAAAAGCUCGAGCUGGGCGAGAAUAGGCUGAGGAACGUGAAGGCCGGCUGGUUCUCGCGGCUUCCUUCGCUCACCGUGCUCUUCUUGGGCAAGAACCAGAUCGAAUACGUCGAGGAUCUGGCUUUCGCGGAGCUGGGGGCACUCCGGGAACUCGAACUCGGGGACAACUUCAUACACGUGGUGACCAAUCGGACGUUCAAGGGCCUCGCCCAGCUGACAAGGCUCGACCUGUACCGCAACAAGUUGAUGCGGCUCGAUGCCGGCAUAUUCGUCAGCACGCCUCUCCUGGAAGAGCUGGACCUCAAGCUGAACCAGAUCUCGGUUAUCGAUCCGCUGGCGUUCGACGGAUUGGCACGGCUGAGGCUAAUCUACCUGGCCAACAACCAGCUGCGAAUACUGCCCGCCGACAUGUUUGUGGGCGCGCCCAACCUGGAUCUGGUAGACCUGGAGCAGAAUCAGUUGGUCACUCUCACGUGGAGGACGAUACACAACCUCAAGUACCUGAAGGACGGCGCUGAUUUCACGAUGAGCCUCACGGGCAACCAGAUGGCCUGCGACUGCCGCUUGGCGUGGAUUCUGCAAAUCGAGAACGCCACGCAGAGCGAGAAGUUCCGCCGCGAGCUGCGCCACGUGAGUUGCGUGUUCAGUGACCCGGCGCGGGGCAAAAGCAAGGUUACGCGCCUGAGCAUGGAGGACUUGGGUUGUACGGGCCAAGAAGAACCGCUUCCGACCACUCCUUCUUACACGAUUUGGCCAUCCUACAGUCCGGAAGAAAAGCCCACCAGCCACGCUUCAGAAGACACAACGAAACGACCUAUGGUCACGGAGAAAAAGGAAGGCAGCUCCGCAGAGCCCAAGUCGAAGACGACCAAGGACGAUCCGGUGUCAUCGGCACCGGGCUUGUUACCUGCCCUGUUUACGGUCAUCAUUUCAGCUGUGCUGUGUUGUGGCCGAACAUAUUCAACUUGAACGCCCUAAGCUAGUGCUUUACCUGUUCGGUGGUGUGCUAGGAAAAAAGGCAGCUGCGUGCGAGACGUGACGGACAGUGUGCCUUACAGACGCUAUAGCGUUUCCUGUUAUCGAGCUUCGACAAACUUUACGACGAGUGAUGCUUUUAGGGAUGCUUGGAAAGGGUGGCAUGGCGAAUGGGAUUUCAUUUUUCGGCCACCAUGAGAAUGUGCGUUUUGAAGUGUUUCUUUACUGGUGAGAUGUUGCUGCUACUUUCACUUUUCGCUUAUCCGCGUCAUUUUGUUACAACUAUUCACUCAUUCAGUGCUCAGUUCGAUUGAUUUUACAGUUCGAUGAACGCUGAGCGUCAUACGUCACGCAAUGUGAAUCGCGUGGAUGCCUCGCCUGAGUAGCACGCUAGUUUCAGGCGCAUGUGUUUUACUUCAAAGUAAUUGCUUGGAAGUGUGCUACUUCGAAGUAAUAAUUUAAGCACUGCCAUAUACGUCACUGCCUCACGUGAUUGUGAUGGAGAUUGAAGCCCAAAAAGCUUUAAAAAACAACUCCAGCUCUUUCCUCGACUUUCGUCGCUCACGCUUUUUUUUUUCGAAAGUAAAUAUCUUUAUUUGCCUCUU